CCUCCGUGUCCCUGCUUCAAUUAUUCAACAGUAUAAAUAUAGAGAGAAGAGCACUUAGAAACAGGCCACAGGCUGAUAAGGAAGAGGAGAGGGAGACGAGAGGAGAGGGACGGAAACGUCCGAUAAUUAUAACGUGGAGAGGGAACAGGAACGAGAGAUGGGGAAGCAUGAGGCUGAGAAAUGGGCGACAGACAUGUAAUUUUUGUCAGGCUGCGGAGAGAGAAGGUGGAGAAAUGGCAGUGUUUUUUGUUCUUUUGAUUCUCGUCGUGUUUGACUCCCUCACUGAGGCUGCACACAACACAACCGCAGGCUGUGCUAUCAUUCGCCCACCCAGAGACGGAGGGAUUAGAUACAGAGGACUGACGCAAGAACAGAUCCGCAGUGUGCAGGUUCUGCCGGUGGAUUAUGAGAUUGAAUACAUCUGCAGAGGAAACAGGGUCAUCGUGGGACCAAAGGUCAGGAAGUGCCUGCCCAAUGGCACCUGGACUGACCUCAGCCACCGCAGCAAGUGCUUGUUGCCCUGUCCGAAGGUGCAGACGUCUUUGGAGAACGGCCGAGUGGUGGUGUCUCCUCCAGGGCCAGCGGUUGAAGGGACGGUGCUGCAUUACAGCUGCCUGACCGGCUUCAUCCUGGAGGGCAGGAACAGCACCCAGUGCACCAAGCUGGGCAAAUGGGACUCCCCCAAACCCACCUGCCGCUAUGACAGACAUCACACAGGGAAGAAGAAACUCUACAUCGGCGCCUUGUUCCCCAUGAGUGGCGGGUGGCCCGGCGGUCAAGCGUGUCUUCCUUCCGCCCAAAUGGCCCUGGACUUGGUCAACAAGCGGACGGACAUCCUCCCUGACUACGAGCUUGAACUCAUCUACCACGACAGCAAAUGUGACUCCGGUGAGGCCACCAAGCUGCUGUAUGACCUGCUCUACACUGAGCCCAUAAAGAUCGUGCUGAUGCCGGGAUGCAGCUCCGUCUCCACGCUGGUGGCUGAGGCGGCUCGCAUGUGGAACCUCAUAGUGCUGUCGUACGGCUCCAGCUCUCCUGCUCUGUCCAACCGCCAGCGCUUCCCCACCUUCUUCCGCACGCACCCCUCGGCCACCCUGCACAACCCCACCCGCGUCCAGCUCUUCCAGAAGUGGAAUUGGACCAAGAUCGCCACCAUCCAGCAGACCACAGAGGUCUUCACUUCAACGUUAGAUGAUCUGGAGCAGAGGGUGAAGGAGGCCAAUAUAGAGAUCAGUGUGAGGCAGAGUUUCCUCACUGAUCCUGCUGUUGCCGUCAAGAACCUGAAGCGGCAGGACGCUCGCAUCAUCGUGGGUCUGUUCUAUGAGACGGAGGCCAGGAAAGUUUUCUGUGAGGUCUAUAAGGAAAAGCUCUAUGGGAAGAAGUAUGUCUGGUUCCUGAUUGGCUGGUACGCCGAUAACUGGUUCAAGAUAAAUGAUACAUCAAUCAACUGCACGGUGGAGCAGAUGACGGAGGCGGUGGAGGGCCACGUUACCACGGAGAUCGUAAUGCUCAACCCAGAGACGGUCCGAGGGGCUUCCAACUUGACCUCACAGGAGUUCGUGAAUCAGCUGACGUCUAAGCUGGGCGGCAGGACCCAGGAGACAGGGGGGUUUCAGGAGGCCCCGCUGGCCUACGAUGCGGUGUGGGCUCUGGCUUUGGCCCUCAACAAGACCGUGGAGCCCCUGAAGGCUAGGGGCCGCCGGCUAGAGGACUUCAACUACAACAACAAAGACAUCACUGCAGAAAUCUACCGAGCCCUCAACACCAGCUCCUUCGAGGGGGUCUCUGGCCACGUUGUGUUCGACGCUCAGGGCUCCAGGAUGGCCUGGACUUUGAUCGAGCAACUGCAAGGGGGGAGCUAUAAGAAGAUUGGAUAUUAUGACAUGACCAAAGGCAAUCUCUCCUGGUACGGUAACGACAAGUGGAUAGGUUCUGGUCCUCCUGCUGAUCGGACUGUGGUCAUUCAGAAGUUCCGUUUCCUCUCUCAGAAACUCUUUGUGUCCGUUUCUGUCUUUGCUGGACUGGGAAUCUUACUGGGCAUCAUCUGUCUCACAUUCAACAUUUACAACAGCAACGUCAGGUACAUUCAGAACUCUCAGCCCUACCUGAACAACAUGACGGCAGUGGGCUGCAUGAUGGCUCUGGCCGCUGUGUUUCCGCUGGGCAUCGAUGGCCUGCAUGUCCGUAGGUCACAGUUCCCCGUGGUCUGCCAGUUCCGCUUGUGGCUGCUCGGCCUUGGCUUCAGUCUGGCCUACGGCAGCAUGUUCACGAAGAUCUGGUGGGUCCACACAGUCUUCACCAAGAAGGACGAGAAGAAGGAUAAGCGUAAGCACCUGGAGCCCUGGAAGCUGUAUGCCACGGUGGGGGUGCUGCUGGUUAUAGACGUGCUGUCCCUCAUGAUCUGGCAGAUUGUGGAUCCGCUGCACAUCACCGAGGAGAAGUUCACAAGAGAGGUGCCUAAAGGAGACCUAGAUGUGCUGAUUGAGCCGCUGCUGGAGCACUGCAGCUCGGAGAAGAUGAACACUUGGCUGGGGGUGGUCUAUGGCUACAAGGGCUUGCUGCUGCUUCUUGGUAUCUUCUUGGCUUACGAGACCAAGUCUGUGUCCACAGAGAAGAUAAAUGACCAUCGAGCCGUGGGAAUGGCCAUUUACAACGUUUCUGUGCUGUGCAUGAUCACUGCCCCUGUCACUAUGAUCCUGUCCUCAAAGCAGGACGCUUCCUUCGCCUUCGCCUCUCUGGCCAUCGUCUUCUCUGUCUACAUCACUCUGGUCGUGCUGUUCGUCCCCAAGAUGCGUAGGCUGAUCACUCGUGGGGAGUGGCAGUCUGACCAGCAGGAGACCAUGAAGACCGGCUCAUCCACUAACAACAAUGACGAAGAGAAAUCCCGCCAGCUGGAGCGAGAAAACAAAGAGCUACAGAAGAUCAUCCAGGAGAAAGAGGAACGUGUCUCUGAGCUGAGGAACCAGCUUUCAGAGCGGCAGGCCCUGCGGUCCCGGAGACGCCCAUCGUCCUCCAACCUCAACCACAGCUCCCCCCCGCUCCCCACCGCUCACCCGGACCCCAAGUCACUCCUGCCCCCGCCGGGGUAUCCUCUCCCCGCCUCCGAUAACCACUCGCUGCCUCCGUCCUUCUCCAACUCCUCCAACCUCUAUCAGCCCGACGGCAAGAUCGGCCGCAACAACUGCCACACCAGCCGCCUGCAGCUGCUCUACAAGUGAGCGCCCCCAGAGGACAACAGAGGAACUGACAUGGUGUGAAGAACAAAAAAUAGCAAUGGGAAGUGAAGGGGACAAACGAUAACCCUCAUUCAUCCACAGUCUGCCUGUUUCUUUCUCUCUCGCCCAGCAGAACUUAGCAUUUUUUACUCGCUUGAUCUUGUCUCCUUUCCUUGGAACCACGGGACACAUCAGCUGGAGCUCAUCCUGUCAUGUGACAUUGAGUGACAGUGCUAACUACAAAUUGACAUUAUUCAUUCCCACAGUAGUCGUGGUGAUGAAUAAUCCUCAUGGAAAUUUUUGGUUUCUCUGAGAAAAGCUUAGACAGAGUGACUUGCAGAACAGCAGGUGUGAAGAAGCACUUUUGAAAAACUUCCUCUAAACAGUCUCCCUUAGAAGUCGGUUCGGUUCUUGAAAACACCUUUAUUUGGUAUAGAACCUUUACAUGGUGUGGAGGGUCUUUCAGCUUUGUUCAUGUAGUUUGCAAAAAAUGAAAAAAAACAUAAACCGAAAGGUUCCUUAGGAAACCAAAAGUGGUUCUUCUACAGCGUCGCUCCGAAGACCCCUUUUCAGCACUCUGAUUUGUAAGAGCACAUCUGAGAUCAAACUGGAUUACAGUUUUAUUCAACUCUUUAAAAAAAAGGUUCCACAAAAAGUUCUCUGGGUGCUGCCAUGGAAGAACGAUUUUUGGUUUCCUAAAGAACCAUGUUUGAAAAGAAGUUUGUG